UUGCAAUUGGUCUCCACAAGAGCUCAAGCCUGCACUCAAUUCAUUAUUAUUCACCCAAAAUGGAGCCACACAUCCUUGUUUACUCCUCACUUUCGUCACUGCUUCCUUUUGUCCUAUUUCCCUCAUUUAAGUUCACAGAUGUUACCCGGUACAGCCACCUUUCACUCUUUCUCUCACAUCAUACAUAUCGUACAUCAAAAUUGUAACCACACACACUUGUAACCAAUUUAUUAUUAUUACCUAUCCAAUUCUUAACCUUCCCGCACUCUCUUUUCAUUUGACAAGCCGCCCUUGCUUUAAAAGGGAGACAAGAAUUCAAAAAGUGCGGGGUAUCUAGAAAGCUUGCCAUUGUUGCGAUCAUUUUAAUCCAAUUAAAGCCCUCCUUGUGCUACGAAACCUAUUAAACCUACCUACUUUGCAGCUUCCAUCUUUCUUUGUUUCUGUUGAUUGCAUCUCCGAAAAGAAUAGGAGGAGAUAACGACAAUUCUCUAAGAGAUAGUAUCGAAAAUCAUUUCUGCUUUGCAUUCGAAAACGACACGAGACGAGGUAAAUCGACAAGGACGGCGACAUCAACAGCAUACCACACUUGCGAUACAUUACAAGAAUCGGAUAAUAAUUGAAGCUUAAAACCUCAAUAGUUCAAUUGGCCAGUCGACUAUUCUUUCCUUCACCUUUCUCCGAGUGCUUCAGCUUUCAAUUACGGAAACUGGACAUCCAUCAAGCAAGCGUCUUCAACUCUAACAAUCAUCAAUCAACAUCGUCACGAUGUUUACAAGACGUAUCUCACGCAGCUCUAUCCUGAGCCAACCUCUUCGAGCUUUCACGACUACAUCUACCAGUCUCUCCCGCGCUCCAGCCCUAGCAGAUAUUACCCCUCAAGAUGUCGCCUCAUUCGAUGCAAAGCAGAAAGAAUUUCGAGAAAGAAUCGCAGAUCAACAUCGUAAGAAAGAAGCUGCAAGUGAGUCCAAUCUUUCCUCCCAAGCUCAAACAUCUGCUUCGGCAGGCCAAGCACUAAGCGGAGCAGAACACGCAACCGGAAAUGGCGAGAAGAAGGGAAAGUUAAGUAGCUUGAUUUAUGGUACCCCAGAAGGUCGGGAAAUGGACAAGGAGAUUGAACAGAGUUUCAGUCAGGUUUUGGCGAGAGGCAAAUAUGUUCAUUCGAUUGUUUUCCAUGAGGUGAAACCAGAUAAGGUUGAUGAGUAUGUCAAAUUGGUUGGUGAAUGGUAUCCAAAGAUGGCCGGAAUGGAAGAGAAUAAAGUACACUUGGUUGGAAGCUGGAGAACAGAAGUUGGCGAUUGUGAUACUUUUGGUAAGUUUUCAGCUUCCCUUUGUUCAUAGAUCUUAUUCAAACAACAGACACUAAUAAUGAUUGAUGAUGAUAGUUCAUAUUUGGGAAUAUCAAAGAUAUCACGGUUACCACGACUCUCUUCACAGUAUUGCAACACAUCCCGGUUUCGCUGAAUUCGACAAGAAGCUUAAGUCUCUCAUCACCAAGAAGAACGUAUCACUCAUGCAAGAAUUUUCCUUUUGGCCUACCACUGCUCCACGUCAACUUGGUGGUCUCUUUGAAUUGCGCUCUUACACAUUGCACCCUGGUAAUCUCUUAGAAUGGGAGACCCACUGGCGUCGUGGCCUCAAGGCUCGAAGAGAAGUCAUGGAAGGAGUUGGAGCUUGGUUUGUGCAGAUUGGAGAGCUAAAUACUGUACAUCAUUUGUGGCAGUUUGCUGAUUUGGAAGAGAGAAAGAAGAGAAGAGAGCAAAGUUGGGAGAUUGAAGGUUGGGGCGACACAGUUCACAAGACUGUGCCAUUGAUUCAAAAUAUGAAGAGUCGUGUGCUGAUUCCAAUGCCUUGGAGCCCGGUCGCUUGAUUGAUUAUUAAUUGUACGAAAUGAACGUUGGGCUCGGCGAGAGGACUGAGAGUGGGAUUGAGCAUAGAGCAUUGCGGAUACCAGGACAGAUUUAGUCAAUGAAGUGCGAUAUUGAAGCGAUGAGAUUGAAAGUUGAAUGGAUGAUACGCAGCAUGGGAUUUGAUUUUGAAUCCGACACACUGCUGCAUGCAUGUAUUGAGAAAUUGAUCGAAUUGAAAGCAACGCCAGUCAGUGUAAGGACACCAAAUGCAAAAACGUCAUUAAUGAGAAUAGUUUAGCUACCGAAAAGAGAAUUCCCACACUGUACCGCUAAAAUUCGUGUCAUUCUUGGCUCGUACCGAGGCAGCUUCUUCUCCGGUACGGACACAACCUCAUUCAUAUUGACUAUUUACGUACAUGUCCCACGAUUUCACCGGGCUCCAUCCAGCCUCCAGGUAUCCAUUCUUGUUAUCAAAACACGUAUUCUCUUCUUGGCGGGAGUUGUCUAAGUCUAAGCUUCUCUAGCUUAAUUAUCACUUAUCUAUGGUUACUGAGUGAGUGAUUAUUGAUCAGAUAGAUGAAUAAAGAAAGAGUAGAUGUCGUGGUGGAGAUUUUGCGCCG